GCGUGUGUCAGACAGGUUCACCCACAUUCACAAAACUUUGCAAUCUCACCACACCCAGUCUUGCUUUAUAAAGUAGCCAAAAAGAUAAAUCAGGCACCACAGUGCUCCUCUACCACCCGAACCCGCCACACCAUCCAUCUGUGAAGCCUCCACACGCAACCAACAUGAGUCUGAGGGUCAAGAAAAACAGCCGUCAAGGACAUUACGUGUCCUCAGGAAGCUUCAGCAGCAGGUCCGUGGGAGCCUACUCCAUCCCCAAAAUCAGCAUGGCCAACUUGGAGAGACAGAUCAUGUCCGUGACCAUCAACGAGAGCCUGCUCACACCGCUCAACGUAGACAUUGACCCCAACGUCCAAAUUGUCCGCACCCAGGAGAAAGAUCAGAUCAAGACUCUGAACAACCGCUUCAUCUCAUUCAUUGAUAAGGUGAAACGCCUGGAACAGGAAAACAAAAGGCUGGAGACCAAGUGGAACCUGCUGCAGCAGCAGACCUCGGGCCGCUCGGACGUCGAGCCCAUGCUCAGGUCCUACAUCGCCGCCCUUCAGAAGCAGCUGGACAACCUCACCAAUGACAAACAGAGACUUGAGAUGGAGAGCGAAGUCAUGCACAAACAUGUGGACGACUACAAGACAAAGUAUGAGCAUGAGAUCAACACGAGGACCGAUGCAGAGAAUGAUUUUGUAUUGAUUAAAAAGGACGUGGAUGCAGGAUACAUGUCAAAGGUGGCACUGGACGACAAGUUGUCUGUUCUCAAAGAUGAAUUCAACUUCCUCCUGGCUUUGCAUGAUGCAGAGCUGCGUGAACUUAGGGAGAGCAUCAAGGACACCUCCGUGGUGGUGGAGAUGGACAACUCCCGUGGCCUGGACAUGGACCAGAUUGUGGCGGAGGUCAGGAGCCAGUAUGAGGAAAUCGCUGCCCGUAGCCGCGCUGAGGCCGAAAGCUGGUACAAGACGAAGUUUGACCAGAUGUCUGCUGAGGCCGACCAGUACAACAGCCAGCUGCAGAGCACCAAGGUGGAAAUAUCUGAGCUUAAACGAAUGAUCAGCCGCAUGACUCAAGAGAUCGGACACGUAACGAACCAGCGUGCCAACCUUGAGCAACAGAUAGCGGAGAAGGAGGAGUGCGGGCAAGAAGCCGUGAACGCUGCGAAGACCAGCAUCAGGAACAUGGAGCUGGCUCUGCAGAGAGACAAGCAGGCCAUGGCUCAGCAGGUCAGGGAGUACCAGGAGCUCAUGAACGUCAAGCUGGCCCUGGACAUUGAGAUUUCCACCUACAGGAAACUGCUGGAGGGAGAGGAGGACAGACUUGGACACGAAUAUAUUUGCAGCAUCUAUUCAGCACCCACCAAAUCAGGUAAUCCUGUCCCUCAGCGAAAGUCAGGCCCAGUUCUCAUCAAGACCGUGGAGACCCAAGACAGGUCAUACAGCUAAAGCAGAAACACGCCGCAGUACUCUGGGCUGUUGUACUAAUCUCCUUGUAUCCCCACUAUAAGCCUACUGCAUCGAUGAGCCACGCACAGUCUGCAUGUUGUUUGUGUAUUUCUCUACCGCUUGUAUCACAUUCAUUACUAACCAGUGCUUAAAAUAAAUACAGAUUCAGCAAAACAA